GCCACUUCCGGUGCGCUAACUUCCGAGCGACAUGGCGGAGGAGCCGGAGGCCGAGCUACCGCUACCUGCGCUGAACGCUGCGGCCGGCGAAGGACCCGCGGAGGUCUCUCCUGAGACCGCCACGCCGGAGCCGCCUUCCUCCGCCGCCGUCUCCCCGGGCACAGAGGAGCCUCCGGGCGACGCCAAGAAGAAAAUUGACAUCUUGCUAAAGGCUGUUGGGGAUACCCCUAUUAUGAAGACAAAGAAGUGGGCUGUGGAGCGAACACGAACCAUCCAGGGACUCAUCGACUUCAUCAAAAAGUUCCUCAAGCUCAUGGCCUCGGAGCAGUUGUUUAUUUAUGUGAACCAGUCCUUUGCUCCUUCGCCAGACCAGGAAGUUGGAACUCUGUACGAGUGUUUCGGCAGUGAUGGCAAGCUGGUCCUGCAUUACUGCAAAUCCCAGGCAUGGGGGUGAAGCUGAGGAAGCAACUUACUACGUGAAAGAACUUUUCCCUGAGCAGACUUGGGCUUUGUGGCAAGACUUAACAGUUGAUCCCACGCAUUUGCUGUGGGAUUUGUUUAUGCAUCAAGAUCCAUCGAGUGGACAGACUUGGAAUGACAGGGUUAAAGUUCAUGCGGAGACCAUGACCAGGGCCUAGCCUGGCCCUCCCCUAUUAGCUGCUGAGAGUUCUUCAUGCCCUCUCUCAAAGGACCGAAACUGUGUGCGUGGGAAAGUGCUCUGCGGACUGUUUUCAUAGUACACGCUCAUUUUCCAGGG